AUGACAGAGGUCAUCUGCAGCCAGGUCCCUCUGAGCAGACUAGCCGAUCGUCUCAGUGAAGAGGUGACUCUUCAAGUCGUGCCGCAGGCUGUGGGCUGUUUGUACAGGUCACUCGAUUUAAGGGCCGCCUACCUGGGAGCUUCUCAUUCAUCGAUCAGUGGGAUCCUGCACCUCCUGAGGGACACUGAGUGGAUCCGGGGUAGGAGAUGUUGGCCACAAGGCAUGAGCCAGCAAUAUUCUGAGGGUCCCGGGAAUGGCGCCUCAUUAUGGGAGGACUUGAUUAAGUUAAACUAUCACAGCGCUCAGAGUUCCGACACGGUGAGCUCGGCAGUGUGCACCAGGGCAGAUAAGCUACAGGGGGCUAAAAGCUUGGACUUGAUGCCUCAUACAAUUUCAGAUAAAUCAAAAUAUGCUUCAGGACAAGGGAAAAAGUUCUUGAGACCCAUUAUUUCCGUUUCUGCUGAGGAAAAGACUGACUGAAGAUACAAAGUAAUGUUGCAAUAUGGCAUGAAAGAUUGUUCUUCUAAGAUUUUAUCUUUGGGUAAAAUGGAUGGUGCAGUAAAGCUUUCACGGCAAAGGAUUUUGUCAGCUAAAAGCGAGAGUGAAAAACGCCAAAUUACCGCAGUUUACCAGCAUCCCCUGCUAGGGUCUCUAGCAAGUAAUCCCUGGGAAUCCUUAUCUGAGCUCAUCUCAGAGAAGUGGCUUUUUCAUAGCCCAGAUUACAGUUCAAUUUCUCAGAAGUGUUUUUUGCAGAGAAGAUCUCAGUUUGAAACAAAAUUGAUGAAGUCCUCAAAUGAUACUAAUAAAGAAUAAAAAUUAUCACGGGCUCUUCUGUGUCAGUAAUUUUUUCUACUUGUCUUUAUUUAGAACUCUUUUUUUUUUUUCUGGUACGCGGGCCUCUCACUGUUGUGGCCUCUCC